AUGGCUUCGGAAGUGGCUUUCGUUGAGAAAUUUGUGGGUGUAUCGUUUUCAUCCUUCACGGCAUUUGAGAAGACCUUAAAUCAAUACAUGAAGGAUAACUUUGUGAUAUUUGUGCGUUCAUCCAGUAAUCGAAGCACCAACACUAUUUUGCGUUACGAAUGGGUGUACUACAAAUGCAGCAGGCGCCCUCCAAGAAAAACGGAAAGCCAUAGCGUUAUUCCGACGCUUUCCGACGUAGUGAAUGUGGACGGGACACAUGCAACCAACCGUUUUGGAUAUAAACUAUACACAUUCUUGAUAACGGACGGCAUGGGAACCGCGCGUCCGGUUAUGUAUGCGUUCGUAGAGAGCGAGCAGUUUGCUCCCAUGCGUAAACUGUUCGGCUUGUUCAAAGAAAUGAUGGGCGAAGCGUAUCCGGUCAGGACCUUCGUAAUGGACAAGUUGGCGGCGCAAAUGCGUGGGGCAAGAGUAGUGUUCGGCUGUGACAUUAUGCUUUGCUACUUUCACGUCCGCAAAGCCAUCAGGAAGCACAAACUGAAGUAUUCCGGUGCAAUGACGGUAUGGCACUGCUUUUCCCAGUUUCAUAGCACACUCGCAACUAUGCCGUUCCCUUUCUUCACCGUACUCUACCACCCAAUUGUUCCAUUACCUGCAACUACAAAGAAACGUGCGCUUUACUCUGACUAG